CGCAUCCUUGUCGAAACCCUAGCCCCGCUUUAGGUCGCGCGCAGGCAUGGCCAUGGAUGCGGUGGCGCUCACCGUGGGCGGCAAUGCGGCGGCGGCGGUGGAUGCCGAGCGAGCGCGCUUCCCGCACUGCGUGGUGUGGACGCCAUUGCCCAUCGUCUCGUGGCUGUCGCCGCUCAUCGGCCACGUAGGGAUCUGUCGCGCCGACGGUGUCAUCCUCGACUUCGCCGGCCCCUUCUUCGUCAACGUGGACGGCUUCGCCUUCGGCUCGCCCGCAAAGUUCCUCCGCCUCGACCCCGACCAGGUGCGUAGUGACAUGUUGCAGCUAACCGCAUGACACUGGUUGCUGCGCAGUGCUGCUUCCCCGCA